CUCCAGCGUGAGCUAGAGUAGCCCUCUCGAUGAUCAAGUAAACACAGAGCGGAUCCUCUCUUCCCUGGCGGGUCGUUGUGCGCAUGAGCAGUAGCCACUACGCCGGAAACAUGGCGGAGGAUGAGCAAAGGAAAAAGAUCCCCUUGGUUCCAGAAAAUCUCCUGAAAAAGAGAAAGGCUUAUCAAGCCCUCAAAGCCACCCAGGCAAAGCAGGCACUUUUGGCAAAGAAGGAGAGGAAGGUAAAAGAGAUCAGAUUUAAGCGACUGGAAUCUUUCCUUCGUGAUUCCUGGCGACAGCGGCGUGACAUGGUGCGCGUGAAACGACUAGAAGUGAAACCUCGCGCUUUGGAAGCACCUGAUAAACACUCCUUGGCCUUUGUUGUCCGCCUCCAAAGUAUCAACGGGGUGAGUUUACUAGUACAGAAUACCAUUGCAAGACUUCGCCUGAAGAAGUUGUUCAGUGGUGUCUUUGUUAAAGUCAACCCCAAAACCCUCAAAAUGCUGCGGAUAGUGGAGCCUUAUGUGACCUGGGGAUUUCCAAAUCUGAAGUCUGUCCGGGAACUCAUUUUGAAACGUGGACAGGCCAAGGUCAAGAAUAAGACCUUCCCUCUGACAGACAACACUGUGAUCGAGGAACACCUGGGAAAAUUUGGUGUCAUUUGCCUGGAAGACCUCAUUCACGAAAUCGCCUUUCCUGGGGUGCAUUUCAUGGAGAUCUCUCAGUUCCUGCGCCCUUUCCACCUGUCUGUGGCCCGGCACGCUACCAAGAACAGGGUGGGCUUCCUCAAGGAGAUGGGCUCACCUGGCUAUCGGGGUGAACGCAUCAACCAGCUCAUCCGCCAGCUGAACUAGUUCCAGAAUAUCAAAGCAGUGCCUUGGAAGCAUGUGUUUGUUUCUGGAACUGUUACCCAGUGUCUUCAGAGAAGAUGAUUUUCUGCCUUCAGAGCCUGGAAGAAGUCAGGGAACCGACAGGUGCAGUGGCAGGCACCUCUCCUCACUGCCCAGUUUCAAGAAAAAGUUCCGUUGUUUUCCAGAUUGUCCCCAGCUGCCGCUGAAAUCAACACAUCAACGGAUGAAGAAGUCCUGUUUUGUUGCAUCUUCUGUCACGGAGUUGGGUGCUGGUGAAUGGAUAACCUUAGCGGCUCCCUAUGACCUGUAGCGGUGGACCCAGCCUGGAGGCCUGCUUGAGUCUGGAGCCCUAGGACCUUCUUUUGAAAAGACUUGAAAUACAGUUACAACGAUGAAAACAA